AACUAAACUUGAAUUUUUUGAACAGCUUUGGACCUAAUUAAGAAUGUCAAAGUGCAAGCAAUUAUAGGACCAAGAAAUUCAAUGCAGGCGAACUUUAUAGUAGACCUUGGAAACAAAUCUCAAGUGCCCAUCAUAUCUUUCUCUGCAACAAGUCCUUUCCUUUCCUCAAUGAGAAGUCCAUACUUUUUUCGAGCAACCCAAAAUGACUCAUCUCAAAUCAAAGCCAUUAGUAGCAUUGUCCAAGCCUUUAGAUGGAGAGAAGUCGUGCCCAUAUAUGUAGACAAUGAAUUUGGAGAAGGGGUUAUACCCUACUUAUAUGAUGCUUUGGAAGAGGUUAACGCUCGGAUUCCUUACAAGAGUAUUAUCUCACCUCGAUCUACUGAUGAGGAAAUUGAAAUAGAGCUACUUAAGUUAAUGUUAAUGCAGAGUAGAGUGUUCAUUGUUCAUAUGACCCCAGAUCUUGGGUCUCGAGUUUUUGACAUAGCGACAAAGAUUGGAAUGAUGAGUGAAGGAUAUGUUUGGAUAAUAACUAAUGGGAUGACUAAUCUUUGGAGUUUGAUUCAUCGUUAUGAUCACAUGGACUCCAUGCAGGGUGUGUUGGGUGUAAGGAAUUAUGUUCCAAAAUCAAAAGAGUUGGAAAAUUUUAAAGUAAGAUGGAAAAGGAAAUUUUUGCAAGAUAAUCCUAGUAUGGUGAAUGUUGAAUUGGAUAUUUUUGGAUUAUGGUCUUAUGAUGCUACAUUUGCCCUGGCCAUGGCGGUGGAGGAGGUACUUGGCACUGCAAAUUUCAACUUUGGGGCAUCAAAUGUUGAAUCUUUUGGCCAAAUUUCUCAAAAUGGUCCCAAACUCAUCCAAGCUUUGUCAAGUAUUAGAUUUAAAGGCCUUAGUGGAGAAUUUGGGUUUGUCAAUGGGCAACUAGAGUCCCCAAUUUUCCAGAUUUUUAAUGUAAAUGGAAAUGGUGAAAAGGGAAUUGGAUUCUGGACAUCAAAGUAUGGCCUAGUUAAAAGACCGAAUUCCACUUCUAGGGCCAACCUUGGACCUAUCACAUGGCCGGGUGAUUCACAUUCCAUUCCUAAAGGUUGGGAGAUUCCGAAGAAUGGGACGAAGUUGAGGAUUGGAGUGCCAAAGAAAAAGGGAUUUAAUGAAUUCGUCAAGGUAACGUGGGAUCAGUGGACUAAUUCAACAACUUUCAGUGGAAGCUGCAUAGAUGUCUUCCGGGAGGUCAUGAAGAUAAUGCCAUACCCCGUCCCCUACGAUUUCUAUCCCAUUCCAAUGGAUGUGGAUGAAAGCUACAACAAUCUAAUCAAGCAAGUCUUUCUUGAGAAAUAUGAUGCUGUGGUAGGAGACAUUUCUAUUGUGGCAAAUAGGUCAUUGUUCGUCGACUUCACAUUACCAUUUAUAGAGUCCACAGUGGUGAUAGUUGUGCCCAUAAGAAACAAUACAAACGAGAAUGGAUGGGUGUUCGUGAAGCCUUUAUCGAGGGACCUCUGGAUCACUAGCUUUUGCUUCUUCGUCUUCAUUGCAUUUGUUUUCUGGGUUUUGGAGCAUAGAAUCAAUGAAGAAUUUCGUGGACCACCUUUCCAUCAUGUUGGAACUAGUUUUUGGUUCUCCUUCUCGACCAUGAUUUUUGCACACCGGGAGAGGGUGUUAAGCAAUCCAGCGAGGAUUGUGGUGGUGAUAUGGUGCAUUGUGGGACUCAUUCUAACGCAAAGCUACACAGCCAGCUUAACUUCUUUUUUGACAGUUCAACAGCUACAACCAACGGUGACUAACGUAAACGAGCUAUUAAGGAAUGGGGAGAAUAUUGGGUACCAAGAUGGCUCAUUUGUCAAGGGAAUAGUCCAAAGGUUGAAAUUUGAUCCAUCCAAGAUGAAGAAAUUUACUUCAUCAGAAGUUCUCGAUGAACUAUUUACCAAUGGAAGUAUCGCAGCUGCUAUCGAUGAAAUUCCCUACAUGAGCAUGUUUCUUAAUAGUAAAAGUCAUUGCAAUAAAUACACUAUCUUGGCGGAACCAACUUUUAAGACCGAUGGCUUUGGAUUUGUCUUUCCAAAAGGUUCUCUUCUUGUAGCAGACGUUUCGAGAGCAAUCCUAAAUGUCACCGAGAGCAAAAGAACAGGGGAUACUGAAAACACAUGGAAUAAACAAGCCAGUUGUCCUGAUUCAAGCACCUUGGUUCCUUCAAAUAGGCUGAGUCUUGGAAGCUUUUGGGGCCUCUUCCUCAUUGCCGGGGUGACCGCUAUAUUAGCUCUUGUCUACUUCGCAACAAAGUUUUUGUAUGAGCAAAGGGACAUGCUGCGUGAGUGCAACCUUGAAAUUUCCAAUAUGGAAGAGAAUCCUUCAAAUUUUGCGAAACUUCGACCAAAGAGACCUGACCUCGUACACCUCGGGCAACGUCAAUUAAUAGAGGAAGAUCAAAAUAUUGAAAUCAUUCCAAUUAGCGGUGUUGUUGAAGCCCCUGCUGAGACCCCAAUUGAAGACCCUGAUGGUAUAACUGGUGCAGCAACAUCUGCAGAAACAGAAAUUAAUCAUGCUAGCAUGAACAGCUCAUGAAAAGGCUGAGCUCAAAAACAGUAACAAUAAUAGUGCAAUUUCGAGUCGUUUAUAUGGGUUUUCAUCUAGGUUAGACUUUCGUAUUGGGUUGUGUUUGUAUGUUGUGCGUAAUAUGUAGUUGUAGUAUUUGUAAUCUUUAGUGUGUAAUAUGUAUGCAGGUACUUCGCAUAGAAUUAAAACAUCAGCAUCCAA